GGCAACAUUAAAAAUAGUUCCGCCAUAUUGUCUACUAAUUUCAUAAAACUAAAAAGCAGAUUUACGUGAGUAAUUGGACAACUGCGCCUAUAAAUAUCAAUUUUAUUGUGAUUUAGAGAGAUCUGUUCAAAUGGAUUCUCUAAUAGCAUACGGAAGUGAUGAUGAAGUUGAUUCAGAUCGUUACGGAGGCCAUCAACAAUCCACGAAUGAUAUUGUAGGUGGGCGGUGGCGGGUCCCAGCGGCGUCGAGACGACGACACAAACUACGACGAUGUGAACAUGGAACUGAGCGAGGACUCGCAGGGCGCUGAGUCGGAGCCGGAGCUGCCGCCUGCAGAACCUGUAGCCACCUCCAGACACUCCUCGAGGGAGGACCGACGCGGAUCUGACGACAGCCGUUCCCGUUCACGAAGCGAUCGCAGCGAGCGUGACGAUAGAGAGAAACGCUCGCACCGCCGCGACUCGCCGCCGCGCGGACGCUCCCGGCCCGACCGAUCCGACCGACCCGAUAGGCACGAGCGGUCCGACAGGCAUGACCGACCCGACAGGCCGGACCGGUCCGAUAGAUCGGAUCGGUCCGACGACAGCCGCCGAUCCGAGCGAAGUGAGCGGAGUGAGCGCAGUCGGUAUGAAGGCGGCUCGAGCAGACGCGGCCUGCUGGGCGACAGACCAGAGGAUGGCAAAGUGCCUGCCCUGAUGGACCUGAGACCGUUCGGCGGCGAGCCUCCGCCAGGGUUCGACCAGAGGAAGUCGCACGACGCCAGAGACGCUGUGUCACCCAGGUUCACGGAUCGCGAUCGCCGCGACAGAGAGCGUGAUAGGGAGCGGCACUCCAGGAGAUCAGAAGAGAAGAGGUCCGGUCACCGCGGCGAGCGUCGGUCGCGGUCCCGCUCGCGGUCGCGCGGCACCGGCGCCGCCUACCCGCCGCCCGCCGCACACAACGAAAGGCGCACCUCUCCCACAUCAGGCGACUACAGGCCAUCGUCAUACAAAGUUAACAAGAAACUGGAGGUCAUGGAGAAAAUGGGGUUACAAAUCAAGACUCCGGACGGGUCCAUGGCGACGGCGCAGCAGCUGCGCGCGGCGGCGAGCGAGGCGCCGCCCAGCAGCUCCGGCUUGCCCUCCUACUACAACCCCAGUGCCGUCAACACGAACAAGAUACUAGAUCAGGUUCAGAAACGGAAACUACUGUGGUCUAAUAAGAACAAGUCCGACGCGGAGGAGGCGGCCAAGUGGAGCGGCACGCGGUUCGCGCAGGACUCAGACGGCAAGCAGGUGUCCAAGUUCAUGAGGCUGAUGGGCAUCAAGGAGCCAGCCGCGGUGAAACCAGAAAACACGGACAAGAAUGGAGACCCCAUCAAGAAACAAGAAGAGUUGUUCCAAGCAAUGCAAGCGCAGUACGAAGUGGCUCGCGCGACCACGCACACGAUGAGAGGCGUCGGCCUCGGCUUCCAGCGGGGGCAGUAUUAACAACGGAAUAAAUAACGGUUACCGUAACGGUAUAACGUUAUAACGACUAAACAGCCCCACAAUUAUAUUGCCUCGAAGGAGGUUUUUAUUUUUUGUGAUAUGCGCAAAGAGGAUCGUUCUCUUUAUAGUGUAGAUGUGUAUAAAAGAGAUAAUUUUUAUAGAUACGGGAGAAAUAUAUCGAUAUUUUCACAAAUGAGGUCUAUGCAGGGUCCCGUGUAAUGUAAUGGACAUUUAAAGUUUUCUUUGCACUAUUGUAUAGCCCUGCGUUUAGAAGUAAAGCUACGUGUGAUAAUGUUAUUCAUUUAUUUUGUUUUUAAUUUCAACGAUAUAUUAUACGAGCAACGGAGAUGGUAUCUUCCCAUUCGUUCCUAGGUUUCUUAUGAUGUAGAUUACUCUAGUUUAAUUUUAGUUGUUCGUAUAAUUAUUGUUUUUAGGUUUACUGAUAAGAAAUAAACUAUGAUGAAUA